GAUCCUUCCCCGGGUUGUUUCUCCUUGCUGUCACUCUCUCUCUCUCUCUCUCUCUCUCUCGCUCUCUCUCUCUCUUCUCUCUCUCUCCCUCGCUCGCUUGCGUCCCUUCCCCGCGACAAAAGGCAAAAGGGAGGCGACGACUCGAGAUGCAAUGGAGGCCGCCAGAUCCGCCGCAGCCGCCCCAAUCAAACCCCAAUUUCGCUCCAUUCUCGCCGCCGGCCGCGCCACCGGCCCCCAUGUUCACAGUUGCCGACCCCACUCCCGGCUCCCACCACCGGCGGGCUAGAUCCGAGUUUUCAUUCCGCAUUCCGGAUGAUCUCGAUCUCAUCCCCGGGGAUUCCCUCGCGGCGGGGGCCGCCGACGAGGUCGGCUCCGAAGAUGACCUCUUCUGCACGUUUAUGGACGUCGAACAGAUGGAAUGCAAGGUCGAGGAGAGCGGAUUCGUCGCAGAGGCUGGCCCUAAUUGCGAAGAUUGGUCUGCGGAGAGCUCCGGGGACAAGAAGAUCGGAAAUCCCGCUGGAUUGGCAUCUGAAAGGCGCAAGCAUCGACAUAGCGUCUCUAUGGACGGGUCGUCGAUGAUGUCGUCCGCGCAUCUGAGGGGCGAAGGAGUGUUCGGGGAGGUGAUAGAGGCGAAGAAGGCCAUGACCUCUGAGCAACUUGCCGAGCUUUCGGCCGUCGAUCCCAAACGGGUCAAAAGAAUUAUGGCUAAUAGACAGUCUGCUGCUCGCUCAAAAGAAAGAAAGGCUCGUUAUAUAAUUGAACUUGAGAAAAAAGUGCAAACCCUCCAAACUGAAGCUACAACUCUCUUCGCGCAGCUUGCAUUGUUUCAGAGAGACACAGCUGGGUUGUCUGUAGAGAAUACAGAGCUUAAGGUACGGUUACAAGCUAUGGAACAGCAAGCUCAGAUGCAUGAGGCACUAAACGAAGUGCUGAAGCAGGAACUCGAACAGCUCAAGUUUGUGACAGGCGAAACAUCGAACCCCUGCAAAAUGUCUAACGGGAGAUUGCAACAUGCAACUUAUGAUUCAUCAUUUGCGCUUCCCGACCAACAAACACUCCACCAAGCUACCCAGUUCCACCCUCAAUUCCAGCAGUUCCAGCCUGGUGUCUCAAGUAGCUACUUUUCCGGUCGCCAUAACUCCCUUUCCGAUUUGAUAGGGCAAGAUUCCACGGGAAGGCUGCAGGAAUUGGAUAUCAGCAAGAGUUCCUUUAUGAAGGUGGAAGGGUCCCCAGAUUCUCGGAAUGGAAGCAAAAAGGUUUAGCGCGGCCGUUGCUUAAACUAAUCAUCGUCGAGGUGCGGUAUUCUAUCUACUCUAUUCAUUCUAGUAGAACUUGUAUCCGAUUUCUUUUUGUUCUUAAAGGAGUGCAUUUUUUCCUUCUCCUUUUUGGCUUGGUAAGUCAUGUUUCUAAUUUGUAAUACUAUUGUGUUUUGAUAGAUCUGUGUUAAUUAAUUUGGUUAUUUGCUUUCA